AUGGAUUAUUUCUCCUCGUACGCAGAUGACGAGGACGCGAGCGGAUCGGCGCCGGAAGUGCAAUCCGGAGGCGAGGCGAACGGCGUGUUGCUUGCCGAGGACUCGAAAGACACGCAGGCAGACGCUGAAAAAGAUGGCGCACUCAGCCGCGAAGAGGCUCUGCGCGUGUCGCUUCUCCCCUCCAUCGACUGCGCGCCACCUGUGAGCCUCUUAGCCUGCAAGGCGCAGUCACAGAGGCAGGCAGUCUUCCAUCGGCCGGAAGAUACUGUCAUCAUGUUCAACCCCAAGAUCGAGGCGCUGAAUGCGCCGCUGCAGGGGCCGCUGACACCGCAGCAGGAGCGUUGCGGCGGCUGGACGGGGGUCUACAGACGGCGGAUUGCCGGCGAAGUCGAGCGGGAACACGUGAACGUGGAGGCUUUCGACCGACAGUACUACGACUUCCAGUUCCACGGGCGCGCAGAAGAUCCUUCGAACUUCUCGCGGGGCGACUUGCUCUGCUCAGUAGCCGCGAGCGCGCCGGGCGGCGGCUCCACCGUCCGCGAGGCUGUCGCCUACGACGGCCGCGGCUUCGUACCCGAGGGCGUGCCGCGCCGGCGGCGCAAGCGGCAGCGCCUGCGGAACGACGACGCGACCUCUGACGACUUCCAGGGCCCCUGGGCGCCCUUCGAGGCGUCGUCAGUCGCGGCGGCAGCGGCAGGCGACACGGCCGAGGCGGCGGCGGAAGGAGAAGAGGGCGCGGCGGUGGGCACAGGAGAGGCGAACGGGGAGAAGGCGUGCGGGGAGGCGGCCGCCGCUGGAGAGGCUGCGUCGUCGUCCGCUGGGGCGAAGAAGAACGAGGCAAGUGCGCCGACGGCGGACAGCGUGUUCCACGGCAGGUCCGAGAGGGACUACCAAGGGCGCUCCUGGGUGGAUGCUCCGCCGACGACGAAGGAUCUGCCGCCGGAUGCGGCGUGCUUUCCGCCGAAGCGCGAGAUCCACGCGUACGUGGGUCACACGGGAGGCGUGCAGGCGAUUCGCUUUUUUCCGCGCAGUGGGCACCUGCUGCUGAGUGCGAGCAUGGACAGCACGGUGAAGAUCUGGGACGUGUUCAACCAGCGGAAACUGUUCCGUACGUACACCGCGCACCGGCAGGCAGUCCGUGACGUGCAGUGGGCGGAGGCAGGGGGCAAGUUUUACAGCUGCUCGUACGACAACACAGUCAAGCUCUGGGACACGGAAGUCGGCAAGGUGAUUGGCACCUUCGGGAACGGCAAGACGCCGUACUGCGUGGCGGUGAAUCCCAAGGAUGAUAACGUGUUUAUCGUGGGCAGCGCAAACCGCCGCGCGAUUCAGUUCGACGCGCGGACUGGCAACAUUGAAGUCGAGUACGCGGAGCACAUUGGCAGCGUCAACACCGUGACCUUUUGCGAGGAGGGUAAGCGCGUGGUCACCACUGCAGACGACAAGAAAAUGUUCGUCUGGGAAUACGGCAUUCCCGUGGUGAUCAAACACAUCUCCGACCCCGACAUGCACUCAAUGCCCGCCGCCGCCAAGCACCCCAGCGAUCGCUACCUCUGCUUCCAGUCGAUGGACAAUCAGAUUUUGACCUAUGACGCGUACGGGAAGUUCCGCAUGAACCCGCGCAAGCGCUUCAAGGGCCACCUCUGCGCCGGAUACGCGUGCCAGCCGGCCUUUUCGCCGGAUGGAAAGUGGAUCAUCUCCGGCGACGGGAACGGGAAACUCUGGGUGUGGAACUGGAAAAACGGAAAGAACGUCCGCACGCUCCAGGCUCAUGAACAAGUCUGCAUCGACUGCCAGUGGCACCCCAACAUGACCAGCCGCGUUGCCACCUGCGGAUGGGACGGCCUCAUCAAACUCUGGGACUAA